UAACUAUGGGGCUUUCCCUGUGAGCGAUGUAAUGUUAUCCAGUUUUGUACAGAUGAUGUAUCAUGUGGAAAUAAGUUGACUGAUUGAUAGAUAUGUCCGAUUCCUCAUCUUUGGAAGUGAGCUGAAGAUUCUGCCACUUGAGCCAAGCUCAAGAUGUCUAGCCCAGAGGAAUGUGUUAACUGCGCAGCAGAAGUCGCACGACAGGCCACGCACUUUGACACUAUAGGAAGCCACCAGGCGGCCAUCUACAUGUACCGCCAAGCAGCAGAAUAUCUUAACCGCGCUACAACUCUGGGGUUGUGUAAUCCAGCUAUUUUAGAUAGAAUCGCGCAGUACAAAAAUAGAGCUACUGCUCUUGAACAUAAUGAAACUCAAGCUCAUUCAGUGCAAAUUACAAAAGAAGGAGGUCAGAGUGAGCUUAGCCGAGCUAACUUUCUGCUCCUGGAGGCACUAGAUGAAGAUGAGGCGGGUAAUGCUGAAGAAGCCAUUGAACUUUACUCCAAUGCUGUACAACUUUGUCUUGAGGCCUGUAACAAUGCCAGCAAUGCCAGAAUAACAGACAAGCUGCGGAAGUUGGCUGAGCAAGCACUGACUCGAGCUGAAGUUUUGAAAUCCCAGGAGACUGGAGAAGAAGCCACAGGUAUGAGUUCAGACAAGGCAGCUAACAAAACUCAGCAUCGCAAGGUUUCACCAACCCGCAUCAUCCCUCCUCUGGGCAUUGGAAAUUUGGUCAAUUCCAAACCUCAGGCUCAAGCCAGACCCAAUGUUGUUAACAAAGUUGGUCUCCAGCUAUCAGGCAAAUCUGAAUACACAAAGGAGGAAUUAGAUGUAUUAAAAAGAACUUCCAACAUUAAUGGCCGAAACUAUGUUCCAUUUUUGGCCAUUGAUCUCAAAGAAAAAUUUGCUUUUUCUUUGCCCUUUUCUGAUAAGGAUGGCCUGCUUCCUCUAGCACCAAAACAGAAAAAGAACUUUGCUAGAUGGGCACGGCCAGAGGAUAUAUCCAGUGACCCCAAAAUGAUUGAAGUAGUGGAUUGCUUUAGUAUCAAGCAGACUUGUGUUUCUGAUUGUUCCUUUGUAGCAUCUGUUGCCAUCAGUGCUCUCUAUGAGAAAAGGUUCAAGAAAAGACUCAUAACGGACAUAAUUUUUCCAAAGAACCGCAGUGGUGAUCCUGUGUAUAAUCCCUGUGGGAAAUAUAUGAUUAAACUUCAUAUAAAUGGAAUCCCAAGGAAAGUUAUUAUAGAUGACAGAUUGCCUGUAGGUCAUCAUGGUGAGUUAUUGUGCUCAUAUUCAACCAAUAAGAAUGAAUUUUGGAUUUCACUUGUGGAGAAAUCCUAUCUCAAGGUGAUGGGGGGUUAUGAUUUUCCUGGCUCCAAUAGCAACAUUGAUCUCUAUGCUCUGACUGGUUGGAUCCCAGAGCGUGUUUCUAUCAAGGAUAAAGAUUUCAACAAGGAAGGAACAUUUCGCAAGAUAAUUGACCGCUUCCAUCAUGGUGAUGUGCUGGUUACCAUGGCAACUGGGGAGAUGAGUGAUGGUGAAGCAGAUCGAGCAGGACUUGUACCUACUCAUGCAUAUGCAAUGCUUGACAUUAAGGAAGUAAAGGGAAAACGUUUGUUGAUGUUGAAGAACCCAUGGUCCCACCUGCGCUGGAAAGGAAAUUACUCUGAAAUGGACCAAGAACACUGGACUCCAGAAAUGUGUAGACUUCUUAAUUAUGACCCCAAGAGUGCUCAGACAUUUGACAAUGGUGUCUUCUGGAUUGAUUAUGAUAGUUUAUGCCACUUCUAUGAUGUAAUCUACAUGAACUGGAAUCCUCGGCUUUUCUCUCACACAUAUUGUAUACAUGAAACCUGGAAUGCUGGUUCAGGCCCAGUACGAGACUUGUACAACAUUGGGGAGAACCCGCAGUAUUCGCUGGAUGUGCAGUGUCCUGGGGGUACAGCAGUCUGGAUUCUUCUCACUAGACACAUUACUGAAAUAGAAGAUUUUCGCAAUAAUAAGGAGUAUAUAACCCUUCUUGUCUACAAGACUGGUGGGAAAAAGGUCUUCUAUCCCUUUGAUCCUGCUCCAUUCAUUGAUGGUGUGCGCAUCAAUAGUCCGCACUAUUUAUGCAAGAUGGUUCUGAAGGAAGCUGGGACACACAAGUUCACACUGGUAGUAUCUCAGUAUGAGAAGCACCUCUCUAUACACUACUCACUCCGAGUUUAUUCUACAUGUCCAUUUUUAUUGCACAAAAUUAAGAAUCUCUGCAAACAUAAACAUGAGAUCACUGGGAAGUGGAGUGGCGAAACUGCUGGCGGCUGCCCCAAUCAUCCUGCUACAUAUAAGAACAACCCAGUUUACCAGUUUAGAACUGAGAGUGAUUUGCAUUGUCUCAGAAUUGAACUCAAGGCUCCUAAGGAUAUUCAGAUUGGUUUUGAAGUUGUGUGGUUGAAGCGAAAAACACAGAAGCUAGUGGAUAUUUCAG